GAGUUCUUUCUCUUCCGAGCUCUGUUUCUCCCCUGUUCAGUUGUUCUGCUCUCUCUACCUCGAUCAUCGGUGCCAUGGCGGAAUGGUUUGUUGGUCCAAUCAUGGAGAAGAUAAUCAACGCUUGCUCUGAUUACCUGGAAGAUCAAGUCGGAUGGCAGACGGGCAUGAAGAACGAGCUGGAAAGGCUGCGAGAGAACCACCCCAAGAUCCAAGCCGUCGUCUUUGCCGCUAAUCAAGCACAAAUCAGCGAUCAGAACCCGGCUCUCAACAAAUGGAUAUGGAAGCUGCGAGAUGCUAUUGAUGAGGCAAAUGAUGUGCUCGAUGAGUUUGAGUACAUGAAGCAUAAACAACAGCUCAUCAAAAACACUGAAGAAACAAAGAAACGAAAGGCCACGAGCUUCAUAUUUGAAAUUCCUCGUAAAAUUUUCAAAAUUGGAGAACGACUUCUCAAAAUGGAUCCCAACUUGAAACGACUGGAGGAGGCUGUGCAGAAACUUGAUAAAGUUUCGGCUGAUGUUACUACUUUCCUUCAUCUUAUAGACAGCGCGAAGCAGGAAUACAAGGAGCAGGAGGUUCAAUUCUACAAAACACGUGAAACAGGAUAUUUGCCUAAAAAUGAUCUCAUUGGGCGUGGCAAGGAUAAGGAGGUUGUUAUGGAGUGGCUGAGGAAUCCAUCAAAUGAGCAUCGGGGAACUGAUUUGUACAGAAACAUUUCUCUUCUAUCUAUAGUGGGCCAUGGUGGUAUGGGGAAGACAACUCUCUUACAACAUGUUUAUAAUGAUGAAAUUACGAAGGAAUUUGGUCUUAAAAUGUGGGUUUGUGUUUCCAACAACUUUGAUGUGAAGAAAGUCAUUGCAGAUAUGUUGCAAUCUCUUAAGAUGGAGAGGCCUCGUUGUGACACACUUGAUGCACUUCAAAGGCGUCUCGAGGAGGAGGUGAUGUCCAAAAAGUUCUUACUUGUGCUGGAUGAUAUUUGGGAGGAGGAUGAGGAGAAGGAUAAAAGCAAAUGGGAGGAUGUGCUCGCCCCUUUAUCUUCUGGGGGUUUUGGUAGUAAGAUUAUGGUAACAACUCGAACGGACGCAGUUGCACUGAUGUUCGCAAAGGUAAUUAAAAAGAAGAAUGAAAUAGUUAAAUUAGAGGGCCUAGAGGAAGAUGAGUGUUUGCAGCUCCUCAACUCUCAUGCAUUUAAACGUUGCUCGAGUGUGUUCCAAAUAGAAGUGGUGGUGUCUAAGUUGAGAACAUAUGGGAGUAUGGAGGCGAAGAUAGUUGAGAACAAGGCGACAGACAUAUUUUGGUCGAUCAGAGACCAAGAAGAGAACUGUUGA